AUGGACCUGACCCCAGCACCCACGGAGAAUUCGUUGAAGUAUCCCGUGGUGGAAGUGGAGGCCGUGGAUACGGGGGAGCAGGUGCCUGCGGAGCCUCUGGAGGAGGCAUCGUCUGACUUUGAGCCCGACAGCGAUGACUCCGAUGGCUGGGAGACUCUGUCCAACGGCGAGCAUACAAUCCAGUUGCUACGCGACGAAGAGCUCCGUGACGGAGUUGCCCCCGGUGCCUGUACCCUGGACGAGGCGAAUGUCUUCCGGCAGCGCUUGCAUGCGAUAGGCAAGGCGGCCUUUGUGGAGGAGACUAUCGCCCGCGAGACGGUCACGGCGAAGAAGCUCUGCACCGCGUUUGGGAUUCUGCCGCCGCCGUUCCUUGAGGGCGCGCCAGAUGAAGCGUACCAUCCGCUUCUGGCAAUUGCGAUUUCGCGCGAGUUUUCCCGGCGGCCGAAGCUCCCUCAGUACAACACUAUCGACGAUGCCGUGCGACUGCUCCGGGAGUCCAAGAACAUCAUUGUGCUGACCGGUGCCGGGAUUUCGACCAGUCUCGGUAUCCCCGACUUUCGUUCAAAAGAUACCGGUCUCUAUUCGAAACUAGAACAUCUGGGGUUGAGUGAUCCCCAGGAAGUUUUUGAUAUACAUGUCUUCCGGGAGGACCCUACGAUCUUCUUUUCGAUUGCCAAGGAUAUCCUUCCUACGGAGAACAAAUACUCGCCCACCCAUGGGUUCAUUCGGCUUCUUCAGGACAAGGGGAAGCUCCUCACCAACUAUACGCAGAAUAUUGACAAUAUCGAGGCCAAUGCAGGCGUGUUACCGGAGAAGAUUGUCCAGUGCCAUGGAUCAUUUGCUACGGCCACCUGCGUGAAGUGCCAGUUCAAGGUACCCGGCGACGCGAUCUUUAAUGACAUCAAGGAUGGGGUUACCCCCGAAUGCACCGUCUGCAAGCAAGAGAUUGCCGAUGACGCACUGAAACCACAAGGGCUGAAGCGUAAGCGGAGUAAAAAUGGGCAACAGAAAGAUCGCAAGAAUUCCGAUAGUUCGGAUGAAGACGAUUAUGAAAUCCCCACCCCCGGAGUGAUGAAGCCUGACAUCACUUUCUUUGGCGAGGAUCUUCCCGAUGAAUUUGGUCAACGCCUGGUUCACCAUGACCGGGAACUGGCAGACCUCGUCAUCGUAAUUGGAACCUCGUUGAAGGUGGCCCCCGUUGCAGAAGUGCCGGGGGUACUCCCCCGCAACGUCCCGCAGAUCUAUAUCUCACGCACUCCUGUGUCACACACAGGGUUCGAUAUUGAUCUGUUAGGCGAUUGCGACGUGGUGGUGUCGGAACUGUGCCGUCGGGCCGGUUGGGAUCUGCAACACCACAUGAUACCCGCUGACGAGAAGGUUGAAAUCACCCCAGCAGAAGGAUAUGAGUCACGACAUGUGUUUCAGGUAGUUGGCGCAUAG